CAUACUUUGAUAUCAUUUAAAAGAAAUGUGUUACGUUUCACUUACCUAAAAGAUGAUUUAAUACGGUACAUAAAUGAAGGUGUCUAUAACAAGUAGUCUUAUACGUGUAAAGUGUUAUGAAAAAGUGUGUUUAUUUUAAACAGGUAUGUUACCUUAAGUUACCUUAAGUCAAUAGUAUCUGUGGAAAUUUUUAAAAAUGAAACUACAACUGAUAGUAUCCAUCGUCGUAUUGUCGAAGUUCUGCACGGUCUAUGGAGUAACAGUUGAGGACUACAAAAAUCUUCAGAGACAUUUAAUGACGAAUUAUUCUAACAAGGUACGUCCGGUUAAAAAUCAAGACCAUACUGUCCAAGUUAUAGCGUCGUUUCAUCUGGCUGACAUUAACGAUGUGGAAGUAGUACAGCAACAAUUGGUCACCACUGCGUAUCUUUCCAUACUUUGGUUUGACGAGCUCUUGGUGUGGGACAAACAAAUCACUAAUAUACACAGACUGUAUUUUAAACAGAAAGACAUUUGGACUCCGGAUAUUGUUCUCAAAAAUGGUGUGAAAAAGCUUGAAGAGCUAGGAGGAGAGUUUUACUACUUAGAAGUUUCACCAGAAGGAAUAGUACAUUGGUUGCCGUAUCAGGUGUUUGAAAGUAAGUGUGACAUUGACAUAACAUAUUUCCCAUUUGACACUCAGGUCUGUGACAUCACCUUCAUCAGCUGGAGUUUUACUAAGCUUGAGGUCAACAUGACGCUGCCUGAGAGCGGUCCUUCUGUCGACUUCUAUGAUUUUAAUGAAAACUCAGUCUGGGGUAUUGAGUCCACAGGAGGUCGAAGGUCACAGUCAGAUAAUGCAGACUCGACCGUCACAUUUACUCUUCGUCUUCGUCGGAAGCCUCUGUAUUACGUCAUGAACUUGAUAGUGCCAGUGGUUCUCCUUGGCGUCAUCAGUCUCCUUGUAUUCGUAAUUCCCGCUGACGCCGGAGAAAAAAUGUCCUUCGCAGUCACAGUCUUCCUGUCUUUUGCUGUAUUUUUGUCCAUCAUCAGUAUGCAACUUCCGGUGAAUUCAGAGAAAACAUCGUUGCUAGGAGUUUACCUGGUCUUUCAAAUGUCCAUUGCUGUUGCCAUCAUUAUCAUCUCGGCGUUCCAACUCCGACUACACCAUCGGUGUGAAGAACGAAAAGUUGGCACGUUCUACAGGGGAAUUGUCAGAAUAGAGAGAUGUCUGCGAUGUGUAAAAUCAUUUUUGAGAUCUGAUGACAGUUUUUUGAAGAAAAAAUAUGAUUGGGGAAAUGAUUCUUGUGAACCAAAGGUUGACUACGAUGACGUAAGUUGGAAAGAUGUGUCGUCUGCUAUUGACUUUGUCUGUUUUUGGACAAUGCUUUUCUUUGGAAUAAUUGCAACGACAGUCCUCGUUGUGUACAUGAAUAUUGGAAUAUAAUUUAUAUUUUAAAAAAAAAUGUCAUUAAAAUGCUUGCAAGAAUUAUUUUUUUUUUCAGUCGGUGUAUCCACAUGCUCCUGAAAUUAUAAAUUAAACAUGAUAAUGACAUUUCCUGUCAACCAGUUCACAUUUGUUACUACAUUUGUAUCUGUUAACUAGUUUUAAAGGUUGUGGCAUUUGAUGGAGGGUUUUUUGGGUGUACUUUUAGGUUUUAGCGAUAUUUAUACAUGUUGUGUAAUAUGAAAUCACUUAGGAAAAUGCA